UUAAUAAAUAACUUGAAUGGAGGUUUCCGCAUCAGAACUGACGUAAAUAUGCCGCUAAUCGAAGGGAUCGGAGAUGAAGUCACGCUAUCAGCUGUAGUGUUGACGUUUGUUUUAACAUUAGUAUUAGCGUGGUGGACAACAUUUGUAGGGGAUCGCCCACUACAUGUACAUAUCAUUAGACCGCAGAGCACGCGCCACCAGCAACGAUCAAAUAGAAUACAAAAUCAGAGAACUCAACCAGAAGAAACACCACAGGUCGUGUCACCGGCAGAUGUGAGUAAUAGGACUAACGAGAGUAGUAGAGAAUCCGAACAUGAGACUGCUGGGAACAGCACGGAUGCUGGAAAUGAUGAGGAGGAGGAAGAGGGGGAGGGGUUUGUAUUAAGGCAAAGGAGGACUGGAUCUGAGGGGAGCAGGGAAGUUUUACAGAAUGUAGCCAAUAUUGAGAAUAGUGAAGCAGAUGCAAGUACAGUUGGAAAUACGGAGACAAGUGAAGUCACAGAACCGACGAUGAGACAGAGAAAACGAUGUAUGGAUUCUAUAAAUAUAGAAAAUUUACAGAUGGCCAAACAUAAUGACCAUGAAGAGAGCAAUUCGAGUGAUGUUCAUGAGGACGGUUACUUGCAAAGUAAUGUGCGAGAGGAUAGGACAGUUGGUGCGGUUGUCACCGAACAGGAGCAGGUGGAACGUGAAACUGAGAACGGGACAAGUGUGCUGCAGGCAGCAUGCGAGACAACACCGGAAAUGUCAGAACGAUUUGCUAGUAGCGAAACUGUGCAAGAGAGAUCCAAAGCUGUGGCUAAGACUGAAACGGGGCAGGAGAGACCACAAUGUGAAACAGACCGUAUAAGUUCAGAGGAAGCAGGACGUAAUGACGCAGAGCAGGUUGAAUCUGAUGCGGCACAAAGUGAAUCUGUCGAUCGCUCAGACAUACCAGAUGGACAUAUUACCAUACGAUUAAAAUUUCUCAGUGAAAAUGAACGUUCAGUAACAGCAGGACUGCAGAUUACACUGGGGCAGUUUAGAAGGUAG